AUGUUACGUGACCUUUUAAACAGUGGUAAAUGUCGUGAGCUUAUUCGUAUGAGUGAGAGAGCUUAUAUGACAUUGUGCAAUAUCUUAAAGCAUGAUGGUGGUCUUCAAGCUACUCACCGAAUGUCCGUUGAAGAGCAAGUUGCAAGAUUUUUGCAUAUUAUAGGUAAUGACAUGAGAAAUAGGGAUUGCAUAGGGCCAAUUGAUGGAACACAUGUUCGUGUUAAAGUACCAAACAAAGAUGCCGCUAGAUAUUGUGGUCGUAAAGGAUACCCGACAAUAAAUGUAUUGGCAGCUUGUACAUUUGACUUGAAGUUUACAUAUGUUCUAACUGGUUGGGAGGGGACUGUAUCAGACUCAAGAAUAAUAAAGAAUGCAUUUAGUAGAAGUGAUAAACUAGUAAUUCCAACGGGUAGAUUUUGUUUACAAGAUGCGGGUUUGCCUCAUACAAGCUCACUAAUGACACCAUAUAGAGGCGUUAGGUAUCACUUGAAAGAGUACUCCACCCGUGCCCCCGAGAACUCAAAGGAGUUGUUCAACCUUCGUCAUGCAUCAUUACGUAACGUAGUUGAACGAGCAUUUGGUGUCCUAAAAAAAAGGUUUCUUAUCAUUAGAAGUACAGCAGAACCAUUUUACUCUUGUCAAACACAGUCAGACAUCUUUUUGGUAUGUUGCAUUCUACACAACUUUUUACUAGAGGAAGAUCAUGACAAAGAUCUUGAAGAUGAAGUCUUACAUGAGGUGUUAAAUGAACUAGUAGAGGAAGAACGUCAUAGUACUAUAGGCAUGUGUGAGGGUAGUACUGAAGCAGACCAAUUAAGGAACUCAAUUGCAAAUCAAAUGUGGACUAACUAUUUGAUGUUACAAGAAGAUGAAAUAGAUAUGUCAAAUUAG